AACCCUGUAUAAAACAUCAGGGAAUCAGACUGUGCUCUUGCACUCUUCCGAAACACACUGGUGAAGCAUACACAGCUCAUUGCAGAGUACUCUCUUCUUCACUUCGCCUAUCGGCAAAGCUCAAGUUUGUUUUCAGCCAUGAACCAACCAAUCACACAGCAGCCAGGGCUCGCCCCACCGGCCACAGACUUCCAGAUGACUGUAAACCCUCUGAUGCCACGAGGCGUUCCACGCGCUUGGAGCUCUGGUCUUCUCCAGUGCUUCGAUGAUAUCCCGUCAUGUCUUAUUGGAUUUUUCUUCCAUCCCUGUCAUCAAUGUUGCAUUGCUUCUGAUAUGGGAGAGAGUUGCUGCGUCCCAAUGUGCCUGCCUGGCCCUCUGAUAUCGAUGAGGGCGCUUCACCGUGGACGCCACAAUGUGCAGGGGUCCCUCCUGAACGACUGUUGCACGUCCAUCUUCUGUGGCUGGUGCGCCGGAUGUCAGCUUGCACGCGAGGUACAGGGCAUCAAGAGCGGACGCAUCCCAGCAUAAAGCCCUUACGGAUGACCAAUAACCUUCUAGAGCUGCGCUGUGUCAUGAGAUGGCUGGCAAAUGAAUGGGGCAACGAACCUCUGUGGUCUAUCUUGUCUGUUAUGAGAUGAGAGAAUGGAUGACGAUAUUCAAGACAUUUCAAUAUAUUUUCUU